UCCAAGCUGUGAAGCCACAGUCAUGCUGCUGGUCUGCCUCACUGUCCUCGGCCUAAACGCCUAUUAUUCUCCCUGCGCCGCUGCCCCACCGAGGGACCACAGUCUUCACCUGAAGUCUGUUCCCCCCACGUCCACGAGAAACAAGCUGCUGCUCAUCUCCUUCGAUGGCUUCCGCUGGGACUAUGACCGCAACACUGACACCCCUCAUCUGGAUAAGAUGGCAGAGGACGGGGUAAAAGCAACCUAUGUUACUCCAUCUUUCAUCACCAUAACCAGCCCAUCUCAUUUCACGAUGGUGACAGGGCGUCACAUUGAGAAUCACGGCGUGAUCCACAACAUGUGGUUUAACACCACUACGCAAGAGAGGAAGCAGUACUACCAGACGCAGUUUGUCGAUUCCUACUGGGACAACGGCAGCUUACCCAUCUGGAUAACAGCGCAGAGACAGGGGCUAAAAACGGGAUCUCUGCAUUUCCCUGGCACUGCAGCCACCUACAGAGGAGAGACAGUGAUGGUGAGACAAGUGGAGUCUCCCGUCUAUGAUUACUCCGAUGAGGCCGACUGGAGGAUGAACGUGGACAAGGUGAUUGGCGAGUGGUUCAAUCAACAGGACCUGGACUUUGUCUCUCUGUACUUUGGGGAGCCGGACCUCGCCGGACACAAGUACGGACCGGAUUCGCCAGAGGUGCGGGAAAUGGUCAAGCAAGUGGACCGCACCAUAGGCUACAUGAGGGACAAGAUCCAAGAGCAGGGCCUCACCGAGCGGCUCAACGUGAUCAUCACCACUGACCACGGCAUGAGCACAAUUUUCCGGGGUGAACAAGCCAACCAGAUUAUCCUGUCAAAGAUUCCCAACUUCAGCUUUAGGGAUAUCCAGUUCCAGCUGCUGGAUUACGGCUCUGUUGGCAUGCUGCUUCCUAAAGAGGGGAAGCUGGAGAAGGUGUACCAAGUUCUGAAGGGAAGCCACCCACAUCUGCAUGUGUACAAGAAGGAGGAGAUGCCAGAGAGACUGCACUACAGUAAACAUCCCCGACUCCUGCCCCUCAUCCUCAUCGCGGACACUGGGUAUAUUGUCAAUGGGUUUCUACCUUUAAACUACAACAAGGGCGACCACGGUUUCGAUAACGAAGCCUUGGACAUGAAAGCCUUCUUCAGGGCAGUGGGGCCCGACUUCCACAAAAACCUCCUGGUCGAUCCCUUCGACAUGACCGACGUGUACCCACUGAUGUGCCAUCUGCUGGGAAUAAACCCAGAGGUCAACGACGGACACUUUGACAACGUCAAACGCAUGCUGGCCUCAGAGAAACUCCCAGAAGGAGACAGAGUCGCAGAGAACAAUACUUCCAUGCAGGUGGUGACUGGCUUGGCAGUAACAGUUGGGUUUCUCGCACUUGUGUUCGUCGUCGCCACUUCUUACAACGUGUGGAAAAAGAGAAGAGCAUAAAGAAAUGGAUCUCCAAUCAAAUGAAAGUUAAAGAAAAAAAGUAAUAGCAUAGUGUUUUUACUAUGGUUUGUGUAUAAAUCAUUACAACUGUCACGUAUAGAUGUUCAGGAUGUUAAUUUUGAAGAGCUGAUGCUUCACCACCCCUUCAAAUUGUUAUAUAUUCAGUUUCUGCACAAUUAAAGACAGGCCUUGUCAAUGUGACCUGAACAGAUGAAGAAAGUAAAUGAAUAAAUGUUGUGAUACAUGAAAUGUAUUUGGGGAUUUAGUGUCAGUUUAAAGUGGCAGUAAACUGUGUUAAAACUGUGAAUAAAGUGCACGCUACUGUAACAUUUCAAA